AUGGGGUCCUUUAAGGCUUCUAUUUUUAUCUUGGUUCUUCACCUUCUGGAAGAAGUUCUAGGCAACUCACUUAUUCAGCUGAAUAAGAAUGGUUAUGAAGGCAUAGUCAUUGCAAUUGACCCCAAUGUGCCUGAGGAUGAAACUCUCAUUCAACAAAUAAAGGACAUGGUGACUCAGGCAUCUCCAUACUUAUUUGAAGCAACAGAAAAAAGAUUUUACUUUAAAAAUGUUGCCAUUUUGAUCCCUGAAAAUUGGAAGGCAAAGCCUGAGUAUACGAGACCAAAACUUGAGACUUACAAAAAUGCUGAUAUUUUAGUUGCUGAACUCAAUCCUGCAGGUAAUGACGGACCCUAUACUGAGCAGAUAGGAAACUGUGGAGAAAAGGGUGAAAAGAUUUAUUUCACUCCUGACCUCCUAGCAGGGAAAAAAUUGCUUGAAUAUGGACCACAAGGUAGAUUAUUUGUCCACGAAUGGGCUCAUCUACGAUGGGGAGUAUUUGAUGAGUACAGUAAUGACGAGAAAUUCUAUUUAUCCAAUGGAAAACACAAAGCAGUACAAUGUUCUGGAGCUAUUACUGGUAAACCCGUGAUAAAAGUGUGCCAGGGGGGCAGCUGCAUUACCAGAUCAUGCAGACCAGACAGACUAACAGGGAAAUUAGAAAAAGGAUGUGAGUUCCUACCAGAUAAACAUCAGACUGCAAAGGCAUCCAUAAUGUUUGCACAAAGUAUUAAUUCUGUGGUCCAAUUCUGCACAGAACAAAACCACAAUAAAGAAGCCCCAAACAUGCAAAAUCAAAAGUGCAAUCUCCGGAGCACAUGGGAGGUGAUCAGUGACUCUGAAGACUUUAAGAAAACCACUCCUAUGAAUACACAGCCCCCCGCACCCACCUUCUCAUUGCUGCAGGUUGGACAAAGAAUUGUGUGUUUAGUACUGGAUAAAUCCGGAAGCAUGGCGAGUGGUGGUCGCCUUAAUCGGCUGAAUCAAGCAGGCAAACUUUUCCUGUUGCAGACAGUUGAGCAGGGGUCCUGGGUUGGGAUGGUGGUGUUCGACAGUGCUGCCUAUGUCAAAAGCGACCUCAAACAAGUACACAGCAGCGCUGACAGAGAUGGUCUGGUUAAAAGCUUGCCCACAGUAGCUGCAGGGGGUACCUCCAUCUGCUCAGGGCUUCAAUCAGCAUUUACGGUGAUUAGAAAAAAAUACCCAACAGAUGGAUCUGAAAUUGUACUGCUGACCGACGGGGAGGACAACACUAUAAGCAAGUGCUUUAAUGAAGUGAAGCAAAGUGGAGCCAUUAUCCACACUGUUGCCCUGGGACCCUCUGCAGCCAAAGAACUAGAGGAGCUGUCCAAAAUGACAGGAGGUUUACAGACAUACGCUUCAGAUCAGGUUCAGAACAAUGGCCUCAUCGAUGCUUUCAGUGCUCUUUCCUCAGGAAACGGAGCUCCAUCCACGCGCUCCAUCCAGCUUGAGAGUAAAGGAUUGACCCUCCAGAACAAUGAGUGGAUGAACGGCACGGUGAUUGUAGACAGCACUGUGGGAAAGGACACUUUGUUUCUUGUCACCUGGACAACACAACCUCCCCAAAUUCUCCUCUGGGAUCCCAGUGGAAAGAAACAAGAUGGCUUUUUGGUGGAUGCACAGUCCAAGGUGGCUUACCUCCAAGUCCCAGGCACUGCUAAGGUUGGCAAGUGGAAUUACAGUCUGCAAGCAAGCUCACAAACCCUAACCCUGACUGUCACCUCCCGCUCACCAGAUGCCAAGGUGCCUCCAGUUACUGUGACCUCCAAAAUGAACAAAGCCACAGGCCAAUUCCCCAGUCCUAUGAUAGUUUAUGCAAGUAUUCGCCAAGGAGCCAAGCCCAUUCUCAGGGCCAGUGUCACAGCCUUGAUUGAAUCAGUGAAUGGAAAAACAAUUACCUUGGAAUUAUUGGAUAAUGGAGCAGGUGCUGAUGCUACUAAGAAUGAUGGUGUCUAUUCAAGGUAUUUUACGGCUUAUGACACGAAUGGUAGAUACAGCUUAAAAGUUCGGGCUCUGGGAGGAAUAAAUGCAGCCAGACAGAGAGUGAUCCCUCAGAAGAACGGAGCCAUGUAUAUGUCUGGCUGGAUUGAUGAUGGUAAAGUAGAAUGGAAUCCGCCAAGACCUGAGAGUGAUGAGAAUGAUCUUCAAGGCAAACAAGUGUGUUUCAGCAGAACUUCCUCUGGAGGGUCAUUUGUGGCCUCUGGUGUCCCCUUAGCUCCUAUAUCUGAUCUUUUCCCACCAUGUCAAAUCACCGACCUGAAGGCAAUGAUCCAAGGGGACAAACUCAUUAACCUGACCUGGACAGCUCCCGGGGAUGAUUAUGACUAUGGAAGAGCUCAGGAGUAUAUUAUUCGAAUAAGCAGAAAUAUUCUUGAUCUCAGAGACAAGUUUGAUGAUUCUCUUCAAGUGAACACAACUGAUCUCGUCCCAAAGGAUGCCAACUCUCAAGAAGAGUUCAUGUUUAAACCAGAGAACAUCAUGUUUGAAAAUGGUACUGAUCUGUACAUUGCAGUACAGGCUGUUGAUGAGGUCAAUCUGAAGUCAGAAAUAUCCAACAUUGCACGUGUUUCUUUGUUUAUUGCUCCACCGACCCCUUCAGAGAAACCUUCUUCUUUCCCUUGUCCUGAAAUUAGUAUCAAUAGCACAAUUCCUGGCAUUCUAAAGAUUAUGUGGAAGUGGGUAGGGGAAUUGCAGUUAUCAUUAGGUUUGAACUAA